AUGGCGAGCUCCUCCUCUACGUCGGAGCUGCAGGCGGCGCUGCGGCGGCUGCAGAGCGACACGCAGGACUUCUGGGCCCCUUUGCACUCGAUCCGCCGCGUGGACGCGUCGACGCUCAGCGCCGUGCAGUUCCACCGCGAGUUCGUGAGUCGCAAUGUGCCGGUCGUGCUGCUCAACUCCAUGACGAGUCCGCAGUGGCAGCGAGCCAUGGCCAAUUGGCAGAGCGACGACCACCUGGUGGCCAAGGCGGGCAGCCACCCGGUGACUGUGGACGUGACCCCCUUCGGCUUCGGAGACGCCGUGCUGGAGCUGCCGGGCCACCACGAGGAGCUCUUCGUCAUGCCCGAGGAGAGGGACAUGCCGCUGCACGAGUUCCUCCAGAUACUCAAAGACCGCGACGGGUUCGACGGCGUACCCUACCUGUCGCACCAGAACGACAGUUUGAGAGAGCAGUUCCCGGGACUGUUUGACGAGGUGCCGCCGGCUAUGGAGUUGGCUGUGGAAGCGUUCGGGAACGAGCCGGAGGCUGUGAAUAUCUGGAUCGGCGACGAGAGAGCGGUGUCCACGAUGCACAAGGACCACUACGAGAACAUGUACUGCGUGGUGAAGGGCCAGAAACACUUCACUUUGUUGCCGCCCUCUGCGGUCGGUUGUCUCUAUGAGCGCGAGUUUCCGUCGACGAGGUAUCGCCACUCGGCGUCUCCGAAGCCUGAGGACGAGGACCAUCUCGUGAAGGAUCUGGUGGCUACGGAGCGCUUCCACGACAAGUUUCCACAGCACGUGGCCUGGGAAAUUCUGUCGUCACCGGACAAAGGCGACACGCCGUGGAUUCCUGUCGACCCACUGAACAUCGACACGAAGCGGUAUCCGCUGGCGGCCGCGUUGAGUCCGAUCGAGGUGGUGGUGAAUGCCGGCGAGGUUCUGUACCUGCCUUCGUUGUGGUAUCACCGCGCUGCGCACCUUUGCCCGACGAUCUCGGUCAACUACUGGCACGACAUGGAGUUUGACUGCCGCUACGUGUAUUUCAACUUCGUGCACGACGUUGGAGCUGUAGUCAGGACUCUGGAAGACGAGCAUGGUCGUGAGAAAGCGAACGAUACGAAAGUAGAAGAGGAAGAAAUCUCUUCAUAG